UGACGCAACAAGGCGGGAAUUUAUUCGUCAGAAACGGCAAGAGACUUUUUACAGACUCACGCGCGUCUCAUUAAACGUUCAGAACUCGCGUAAAUCAGAUGUUCGCUCAUUAAAAUUGUAUAAUUUCCGAGUUUGAACACAAAACGUGAAUUUCGGAAGAAAUGAAUGCGACAGCGGAUCUAGAAAUUAACGCCAAAUCCGUUGUUGAUGAUGCGCACGUCAAAGUUACGCCAAGACAAGGGGGCGUGUCCUUAAGAAGAAGACCUCCAGAUUCCAGAUGUAACGCCAGGAGCGUCAAUUCAGGUUUUAAAUCUCCAGUUCAGAAGCCUAAUAUGGUGAAAUCUCCAGUGUGCCCUGAGGAAGAAGUCAAAGAGCUCAAGAAAACACUUGAUCGGCUGAAUUCAGAGAUCGCCUUGCUGGAAAAAGAAGGAUUUGUUGUACAAGAGCUGGAUCAACACAUAGACCUGCUGCACGAAUACAAUGACAUCAAAGACAUCACACAAACUCUGCUGGGCAGAUUAGCCGGCUUGCGUGGAGUGACCACACGAGACUUGUACAGUCACUUUGGCCUCGAGUUGGACGACUGACUGAGCUUCAUGAGAGGAGAUCGAGUAACUGGAAGGCAUCUUAAUAUGAAUUAGUUUUAUGUCUUUGUAGCAAAUACGCCAGUUAGUGUUGUUUUCUUCAUGCUGAUGUGGUAGAUGAGACAAAUUUAGAAGUUUCAGUACAAUUAGCAUACUUAAAAGAAAUAGUUCAGCUAAAAAUUUACUCAACCCUCAGGACAUCCAAGAUGUAGAUGAGUU